UUCCACUCGUCUUCUUUUUGAGAGCAUAUCAAGAGGUUUACCUCUCUAGAAUCAUGGUCUUUUCUGUUCUCUUUAUACUUAUACUUUCACUAUGUGUACUGUGUGUUUCUGUGAGCUCAGCUGCUAGAUUCAAUGAGUUGUUUCAUCCCUACUGGGCUCCUGAUCAUUUCACCAUUUAUGGUCAAACAGUCAACAUGAAGCUUGACAAGUUAUCUGGUGCUGGGUUUUCUUCUAAAAGUAAAUACAUGUUUGGAAAAGUCAACAUUCAGAUCAAGCUUGUUGAGGGUGAUUCUGCUGGCACUGUUACUGCUUUUUACAUGUCAUCAGAUGGUCCAAAACACCACGAGUUUGAUUUUGAGUUUCUGGGGAAUACCACAGGGGAACCUUACCUAGUGCAGACAAAUGUAUAUGUGAAUGGGGUAGGAAAUAGAGAACAAAGAUUGAAACUUUGGUUUGACCCAACAAAAGACUUCCACUCUUAUUCUAUCCUGUGGAACCGCAAUCAAGUUGUUUUUAUGGUUGAUGAGACACCUAUAAGAGUGCACACCAAUUUGGAGCACAAGGGAAUACCGUUCCCUAAAGACCAAGCUAUGGCGGUGUAUAGUUCGAUAUGGAAUGCUGAUGAUUGGGCUACACAAGGGGGUCGAGUCAAAACUGAUUGGACUCAUGGUCCUUUCGUUGCAUCUUAUCGUGGGUUUGAAAUCGACGGUUGUGAGUGUCAGACUACAACGGUGGAUAGCUAUAACAUGAGGCGGUGCUCUAGCGGCGAUGGGUGGUGGGACCGUCCGACAUUGUCUGGAUUGAACUUGCAUCAAACCCAUGAACUCAUGUGGGUGCGAGCCAAUCAUAUGAUUUAUGAUUAUUGCACUGACACUGCUAGGUUUCCUAAGGUUCCGAUUGAAUGUGAACAUCAUCGCCACCAUUAGGUUGUGAUUGAGUGGUGUUGUUGUAUGCUUUAUAGUGAAAAAAAAAAGACCCCAACGAAACAACA